AGUUGCCCAGUAUCUUUCCGGGUUCGGGUUUGGGCUGGGCUUAGGACACAACCCUAAAGAGUGAAGACUGAAGACUCUUGUUUCAGUUUACCUUCCAUUAAACAAAAACCCCUGCAAAACCCUUCCUUUGGAGAACCAAAAAAGGCUUAUAGAAGGAUUGCAGGAAGACGAAAAAAAAGCUAUAGACGAUGGCGAACAAGAAACAAGCGGCGGACUUCGAGCCGCUGCGGCAGCUGGUCAGGCACCACAUAGAGUCCUUCGAUUACAUGCUGGAGGAAGGUUUGAAUGAGAUGUUCGAUCGCAUCAGGCCCGUUGUUGUUCAUGAUUCUUUCACCAAUAGAAAGCUUAAAAUAUCAGUGGGUAAUCCUGAAAUAUUUCCACCUCAAAAGGAACAUGGCUCCAAGACAAUGCGGGAUGUGUUACUCCCUUUUGAAUGUAGACAGGCUAAAAUAUCAUACGCUGGCAAGUUAAUGGCAGAUGUUGAAUUUCAGUAUGAUGACUCUGCAGUUAUUAGAGAGAAAUUCAAUUUUGGGCAAUUUCCUAUAAUGUUAAAGUCUAAAUGUUGUCAUCUACGAGAUGGUGAUCCUCAAAAAUUAAAAUCUUUAAAGGAGGAGGCAUCAGAAGUUGGUGGUUAUUUCAUUCUGAAUGGGCUGGAGAGAGUUUUUCGGGCUGUAAUAUUACCAAAGCAAAACUACCCAAUGAGUAUGGUUCGGAAUUCCUUUCGUGAUCGGCGAGAAGGAUAUACUGAUAAAGCAGUUAUCAUGAGGUGUGUAAGAAAAGAUCAAUCCUCAGUAUCAGUUAAAUUGUAUUACCUUCGUAAUGGGAGUGCAAGGCUUGGUUUCUGGAUGCAGGGGAAGGAAUACUUACUUCCAGUCGGCAUUGUUUUAAAGGCCCUUGUUGACACUAAUGAUCAUGAGAUUUAUGACAAUUUAACAUGCUGCUAUGGAGAAAAAUAUGAGAAGGAAAAGGGAGCUAUUGGCUCACAGCUGGUGGGUGAACGGGCUAAAAUUAUUCUUGAUGAAGUCCGGGAUUUGUCUCUUUUCACCCGUCUUCAAUGUCUACAACAUAUCGGAGAGCACUUCCAACCUGUUAUGGAUGGACUCAGAAAAGAAAGUUAUUAUGUUGUUGCUGAAACUGUCCUCAGGGAUUACAUCUUUGUUCACCUUGAUGACAAUCAUGACAAGUUCAAUCUACUAAUCUUUAUGUUGCAGAAACUUUUCUCACUUAUUGAUCAGACUUCUGUGCCAGACAACCCAGACUCCUUGCAGAAUCAAGAAAUCUUACUUCCUGGUCACUUGAUUACCAUUUAUCUUAAGGAAAAAAUAGAAGAUUGGCUACAGAAGGCAAAGAAACUACUUCAAGAUGAGUUAGAGAAGGACAGCAAAACAUUCGAUUUCUUUAGCUUAGCUCAUAUAAAGAAAGUCAUUGAUAAAAAUCCUUCGAGGAGCCUCAGUUCAGCAAUUGAGGCUAUGUUGAAAACUGGAAGAAUGGUUACUCAAUCAGGACUAGAUUUGCAGCAGAGAGCUGGUUAUACAGUUCAGGCAGAGAGGCUUAACUUUUUACGUUUCAUUUCAUUCUUUCGUGCUGUGCAUCGAGGGGCUUCAUUUGCUGGGCUUCGUACGACCAGCGUGCGGAAGUUGCUACCUGAAUCUUGGGGUUUCCUUUGCCCUGUGCACACACCUGAUGGGGAGCCAUGUGGGCUCCUGAACCAUAUGACAUCUUCUUGUCGAGUUACGUCGUAUUAUGAUUCACAAGGAAAUAUCAGAGAUUUUUCAAAAAUUAGAUCAUCUAUUCUCAGUGUUCUAAUUGGGGUUGGGGUGGUGCCUUCGUUGCCUAAGCUUGUUAAAGCUGGUCCUCCUGCAGUUCUCUCUGUUCUUUUAGAUGGUCGUGUUGUUGGUGCUAUACCUUCAAGUGAAGUUGAGAAAGCUGUUGCUCAUUUAAGGAGACUGAAAGUGCUAGCUUCUUCAGUGAUUCCUGAUGAUCUGGAAGUGGGAUAUGUUCCUUUGAGCAUGGGUGGAGCAUAUCCUGGUUUGUACCUGUUUACAUCUCCUCCUAGAUUUGUUCGGCCAGUUAGAAAUAUAUCUCUCCCUCCUGAGGAAAGUCAAAAUAUUGAACUCAUUGGGCCAUUUGAACAGGUCUUCAUGGAGAUAAGUUGUCCUGAUGGUGGAAAUGGGGGAAGAAGUAACGGUUUUUCUGCAACUCAUGAAGAAAUUCAUCCUACUGGGAUGCUCAGUGUAGUUGCAAAUCUAACACCUUAUUCUGAUCAUAAUCAAAGUCCACGUAAUAUGUAUCAAUGUCAGAUGGCAAAACAAACAAUGGGUUUCUCAUUACAAGCUAUUAAGCACCGUGCUGAUCAGAAAUUGUACCAUCUUCAGACUCCUCAAACUCCUAUUGUGCGCACUAGUACUUAUACAAAGUACAACAUAGAUGAAUAUCCAACUGGGACAAAUGCAAUAGUUGCAGUGCUGGCAUACACAGGGUAUGAUAUGGAGGAUGCCAUGAUCUUAAACAAGUCAUCUGUGGAUCGUGGGAUGUGCCAUGGACAAAUAUACCAGACGGAAACUAUUGACUUGGCUGAUGAUGGUAGCAAGUCAGAUCGAAGCCAAAAAAUGUUUAGAAGGAAUAGAGAUAAUAAAUCUAUGCACCCUGUGAUUGAUACAGAUGGACUUCCAUAUGUUGGUCAGUUGAUACAUCCGGGUGAACCAUACUGUAGCAUUUAUGAUAAGACGACAAAUUCAUGGAGAAUGAACACCCGAAAAGGUUCAGAACCUGUUUUUGUUGACUAUGUUGCUGUUGAUAUGAAAAGCAGCAAGAACCUUCUUCAAAAGGCUAAUAUACGGUUCCGACAUACUAGAAAUCCUAUUAUUGGUGAUAAAUUUAGCAGUAGACAUGGGCAGAAAGGUGUUUGCUCCCAGUUGUGGCCAGACAUUGAUAUGCCAUUUUCUGGAGUCACAGGAAUGCGUCCAGAUUUGAUUAUCAAUCCACACGCAUUUCCUUCUAGAAUGACAAUCGCUAUGCUUUUAGAGUCUGUUGCUGCAAAGGGUGGUGCCUUGCAUGGAAAAUUUAUGGAUGCGACGCCAUUUCCAAAUUCAGUCAAGAAAGCUAAUGGCGAGGCUGGAUCGGAAUCUGAAUCACUUGUGGAUGAGUUUGGUGAAAUGUUGAGGACUUGUGGCUUUAAUUAUCAUGGUGUGGAGGUAUUAUACAGUGGUGUUUAUGGAACUGAACUGACAUGUGAAAUUUUUAUUGGACCUGUGUAUUAUCAGCGACUCCGACACAUGGUUUCAGACAAAUUUCAGGUUCGUUCCACUGGAACAAUAGACCAAAUCACCCGGCAGCCAAUCAAAGGAAGAAAGCGUGGUGGAGGUAUCCGUUUUGGAGAAAUGGAACGAGAUUCCAUGCUAGCUCAUGGAGCAGCAUAUUUGUUGCAUGAUAGGCUUCAUACGUGUUCGGAUUAUCAUGUUGCGGAUGUGUGCUCCAUUUGUGGAAGUAUGCUUACAACCUCAUUCAUUCAGCCACAGAGGCGGGCAGUGCGAGAGAUUGGUGGACUACCCCCUGCAAGAGCACCCAAAAAGGUAACUUGUCAUGCUUGCCAGACAAGUAAAGGAAUGGAGACGGUAGCCAUGCCUUAUGUUUUUAGAUACUUGGCCGCUGAGCUUGCUGCCAUGAACAUAAAAAUGACCCUUCAGCUAACUAACGGAGCUGAGUCCUAAUAUUGGUAAGUUACUAUAUUGAAAGUCUACUCCUUGCUUGGGGAAUGGGAUUUAUUAAGUGUCUGGUUGAUUCCAAAAACAUAAUUCCAAGGGGAGUGAUAUUUGUGACACAAUAUCACGAUGAUCUAUGGCAGCUUUUAUGAGAACCCUGACUGGAGUGCGAUUUUGAUUUGUAUGAUUAUUUAUACAUGAAAUAGCUACCGUAGGACUGAGCUUGGCCUCCCUGAUGCGAGUUUUGUAAUUUAUUAAGGUCCUAAUUGUGAUUUGAAAGUCUUCCAAUCCAAUCCGAUCAUGUGAAAUGAAAAUAUUUUAUUGGAUAAUAUUUGGGAAUUUUGAGAA